GUCUGAUGCAGAUGUGCAACAAGAAGAUAUCUUUCAAGCCAUCAGAAAUAAUGAUUUGCCAAAAGUCCAAAGUCUGCUCAACUCCUGCAGUGUUCAUUUAUUAAAUAUUGUGGAUAAAUCCAAUAAAAACAAUACACCUCUGCAUUAUGCCGUAGAAGAGAACAGAUAUGAAAUAGUCCAGGAACUAUUAUUGGAAAAGUCGAGAACAAAUAUAAACGCGCAGAAUGACGAUGGUGAUACUGCCCUGCACGUUGGCGCCAAGAAGAACUCUGAUCGGCUGAUGUAUUUGCUCCUCAAAAAAGGAGCAAUCUGCGAUGCUGUCAACAAGGAUGGUAAAACAUUUCUGGAUGUUGUCAGGAUAUUGGCAACCCAAACGGGUUUCUGCAAAAGCAAGGACAAAAUUGAAAAAAGCAUGGAUAAAUCUAACCAACCGCAACCAUCUGGAAUAGUUACAGGGCAAAGCGAAGAGCAGAAAAUGCAAGAAGUUGAUAAAAAGGAUACAAAUCAUGUAGUCCAUAACAAAAAAACAAAUAGUAUCUCCACCUUUAUUAGACAGAAAUGCUAAAAUAAACAAUAUUACCAAUAAAAACUGGUCUCUUCUGCACGUUGCGGCACACAACGGAGAAAUAGCAAGGGUUCGAUACUUAGUAGGCCUUGGUGCCAAAAUAGAUGCCAAAAGUGAUGACAAGUUGACACCACUCCAUUUUGCUGCUAUGAAUGGAUUUAAAGAUGUGGUUCAACUACUGAUAGACAAAGGAGCGAAUAUUGAAGCUAUCGACGAUAAACGACGGACGCCAUUAUAUGUCGCAUCUCAAAAUGGUCACUUGGAGGUAGUGCAGUUUCUGAUUAGUAAAGGUGCUAAUGUUCAUGCCGCUAAUGAUACAAAUUGGACACCCUUGCACAUCGCAUCCGGAGAAGGUCACUCGGUAGUAGUGAAGUUUUUGAUUAGUAAAGGCGCCAAUGUCAAUGCAGCUUAUAACACAAACUGGACUCCAUUGCACUUUGCAUCUCGAAAUGGUCGCUUGGAGGUAGUGCAGUUUUUGAUUAGUAAAGGCGCAAAUAUCAAUGCUAUUGAAGAAAAAAAUUGGACACCAUUGCACAUCGCAUCUGAAAAUGGCCACUUGGAAGUAGUGCAGUAUCUAAUUAGUGAAGGCGUAAAUGUCAAUGUUGUUGAAGAGGAAAAUUUGACUCCAUUGCACGUUGCAUCUCAUAAUGGUCACUUGGAGGUAGUGCAGUUUCUGAUAAGUAAAGGCGCCAAUGUCAAUGCCGUUGAUAACACAAAUUGGACUCCAUUGCACAUCGCAUCUGGAAAUGGCCACUUGGAGGUAGUGCAGUUUCUAAUUAGGGAAGGCGUAAAUGUCAAUGUUGUUGAAGUGGAAAAUUUGACUCCAUUGCACGUUGCAUCUCAUAAUGGUCACUUGGAGGUAGUGCAGUUUCUGAUAAGUAAAGGCGCCAAUGUCAAUGCCGUCGAUAACAUAAAUUGGACUCCAUUGUACAUCGCAUCCAGAAAAGGUCACUCGGAGGUGGUGCAGUUUCUGAUUAGGAAAGGCGCCAAUAUCAAUGCCGCUAAUAACACAAAUUGGACUUCAUUGCACAUUGCAUCUCGAAAUGGUCACUUGGAGGUAGUGCAACUUCUGAUUAGUGAAGGCGCCAAUGAUAACGCUGUUACUGAUGAAUAUGAGACUCCGUUGCACAUUGCAUCUAGAAAUGGUCACUUGAGGGUAGUGCAGUAUUUGAUCAGUAAAGGCGCAAAUGUUAAUGCUGUUGAAGAGGAAAAUUUGACUCCGUUGCACAUCGCAUCUCAAAAUGGUCACUUGGAGGUGGUGCAGUUUCUGAUUAGUAAAUGCGCCAAUGUCAAUACCGCUGAUAAAACAAAUUGGACUCCAUUGCACUUUGCAUCUCGAAAUGGUCACUUGGAGGUAGUGCAGUUUUUGAUUAGCAAAGGCGCUUAUGUUAACUCUGCCGAUUGGUUGAAAGAAACACCAUUGUACAAAGCAGUUCAAAAUGAUCACUUUGAUGUAGCCCAAGAAUUAAUUACUAAAGGCGCCAAUGUCUAUACUGUUAUUGAACAAAACCAGACUCAACUGUACAUUGCAUCUCAAAAGGGUCACUUGAAGGUAGUGCAGUUUCUGAUUAGUGAAGGCACCAAUGUCAAUGCUGUUGAAGAGGAAAAUUGGACUCCCUUGUACAUCGCAUCCGGAGAAGGUCACUUUGAGGUAGUAAAGUUCCUGAUUAGUAAAGGCGCCAAUAUCAAUGCCGCCAAUAACAUAAACUGGACUUCAUUGCACAUUGCAUCUCGAAAUGGUCACUUGGAGGUAGUGCAGCUUCUGAUUAGUGAAGGCGCCAAUGAUAACGCUGUUACUGAUGAAUAUGAGACUCCGUUGCACAUUGCAUCUAGAAAUGGUCACUUGAGGGUAGUGCAGUAUUUGAUCAGUAAAGGCGCAAAUGUCAAUGCUGUUGAAGAGAAAAAUUGGACACCAUUGCACAUCGCAUCUCAAAAUGGUCACUUGGAGGUGGUGCAGUUUCUGAUUAGUAAAUGCGCCAAUGUCAAUACCGCUGAUAAAACAAAUUGGACUCCAUUGCACUUUGCAUCUCGAAAUGGUCACUUGGAGGUAGUGCAGUUUUUGAUUAGCAAAGGCGCUUAUGUUAACUCUGCUGAUUGGUUGAAAGAAACACCAUUGUACAAAGCAGUUCAAAAUGAUCACUUUGAUGUAGCCCAAGAAUUAAUUACUAAAGGCGCCAAUGUCUAUACUGUUAUUGAACAAAACCAGACUCAACUGUACAUUGCAUCUCAAAAGGGUCACUUGAAGGUAGUGCAGUUUCUGAUUAGUGAAGGCACCAAUGUCAAUGCUGUUGAAGAGGAAAAUUGGACUCCCUUGUACAUCGCAUCCGGAGAAGGUCACUUUGAGGUAGUAAAGUUCCUGAUUAGUAAAGGCGCCAAUAUCAAUGCCGCCAAUAACAUAAACUGGACUUCAUUGCACAUUGCAUCUCGAAAUGGUCACUUGGAGGUAGUGCAGCUUCUGAUUAGUGAAGGCGCCAAUGAUAACGCUAUUACUGAAAAAUAUGAGACUCCGUUGCACAUUGCAUCUAGAAAUGGUCACUUGAGGGUAGUGCAGUAUUUGAUCAGUAAAGGCGCAAAUGUCAAUGCUGUUGAAGAGAAAAAUUGGACACCAUUGCACAUCGCAUCUGAAAAUGGCCAUUUGGAGCUAGUGCAGUUUCUGAUUAGUGAAGGCGCCAAUGUCAAUGCUGUUGGAGAGGAAAAUUGGACUCCCUUGUACAUCGCAUCCGGAGAAGGUCACUUUGAGGUAGUAAAGUUCCUGAUUAGUAAAGGCGCCAAUAUCAAUGCCGCCAAUAACACAAAUUGGACUUCAUUGCACAUUGCAUCUCGAAAUGGUCACUUGGAGGUAGUGCAGCUUCUGAUUAGUGAAGGAGCCAAUGAUAACGCUGUUACUGAAAAAUAUGAGACUCCGUUGCACAUUGCAUCUAGAAAUGGUCACUUGAGGGUAGUGCAGUUUUUGAUUAGUGAAGGCGCCAAUGUCAAUGCCGCUGAUAACACAAAUUGGACUUCAUUGCACAUUGCAUCUCAAAAUGGUCACUUGGAGGCGGUGCAGUAUCUUAUUAGUAAAGGCGCCAAUGUCAAUGCCGUUGAUAACACAAAUUGGACUCCAUUGCACAUCGCAUCUCAAAAUGGUCACUUGGCGGUAGUGCAGUUUUUGAUUAGUAAAGGCGCCAAUGUCAAUGCCGCUGAUAACACAAAUUGGACUUCAUUGCACAUUGCAUCUCAAAAUGGUCACUUGGAAGUAGUGCAAUUUCUGAUUAGUAAAGGCGCCAAUGUCAAUGCCGCUAAUAAUACAAAUUGGACUUCCUUGCACAUCGCAUCUGAAAAUGGCCACUUGGAGGUAGUGCAGUUUCUGAUUAGCAAAGGCGCUGAUGUUAACUCUGCUGAUUGGUUGAAAGAAACACCAUUGUACAAAGCAGUUCAAAAUGAUCACUUUGAUGUAGCCCAAGAAUUAAUUACUAAAUGCGCCAAUGUUUAUACUGUUAAUGAACAAAACCAGACUCAACUGUACAUUGCAUCUCAAAAGGGUCACUUGAAGGUAGUGCAGUUUCUGAUUAGUGAAGGCGCAAAUGUCAAUGCUGUUGAAGAGCAAAAUUGGACUCCAUUGCAUAUCGCAUCUAAAAAUGGCCACUUGGAGUUAGUUCAGUUUCUAAUUAGUAAAGGCGCCAAUGUCAAUGCUGUUGAUAACAUAAAUUGGACUCCAUUGCACAUUGCAUCUCAAAAUGGUCACUUGGAGUUAGUGCGGUUUCUGAUUAGUAAAGGCACCAAUAUCAAUGCCGCUGAUAAAACAAAUUGGACUCCAUUGCACAUCGCAUCUUAUAAUGGUCACUUAAAGGUAGUGCAGUUUCUGAUUAGUAAAGGCGCCAAUGUCAAUGCCGUUAAUAACACAAAUUGGACUCCAUUGCACAGUGCAUCUGAAAAAGGUCACUGGAAGGUAGUGCAGGUUCUGAUUAGUAAAGGCGCCAAUGUCAAUGCCGUUAAUAACACAAAUUGGACUCCAUUGCACAGUGCAUCUGAAAAAGGUCACAGGAAGAUAGUGCAGGUUCUGAUUAGUAAAGGCGCCAAUGUCAAUGCCGUUAAUAACACAAAUUGGACUCCAUUGCACAGUGCAUCUGAAAAAGGUCACAGGAAGGUAGUGCAGGUUCUGAUUAGUAAAGGCGCCAAUGUCAAUGCCGUUAAUAACACAAAGUGGACUCCAUUGCACAGCGCAUCUGAAAAAGGUCACUUGGAAGUAGUGCAGUUUUUGAUUAGUAAAGGCGCGAUUGUAAAUAUUUUCAAUUCAUAUAAGUGGACCCCCCUGCACUGGGCAACCUAUAAUGGUCACAAAAAUGUCGUCCAACUAUUAAUAAAGAAAGGCGCAAUUACUAAUGUAGCAGAUGCCAAUGACAACACGCCGAUGGACUUUGCUGUUGAAAGAGGAUAUAAAGAAAUUGUUGAGCUACUACAUAAUAUAAAUGCAGAGUCAACAAUGGCAAAUAAUCAUCCAACGUCUACUGCAAAAGUGCAACAGGAAGUUAUCUUCCAGGCGAUCAGAGACCACGAUUUAUCAAAGGUCCAAAGUAUGCUCAACUCUUGCUGCAUAGAACCCAAGAGCAUUAGAGACAGUGCCAAAAAGAACAAUACUCUACUUCAUUGCGCCGUGGAAGAAAACUCAGAAAAAAUAGUUCAGGAAUUGCUACUGAAAAAGUGGAAAUUAAAAUUAAAUGAGCAGAAUGACGAUGGUGACACUGCUCUGCACAUUUGCGCCAAAAAGAACUCUGAUCGACUAAUACAUUUGCUCCUGAAAAAAAGAGCAUUCAGCGAUAUUGUCAACAAGAAGGGCAUGACAUUUCUAGAUAUUGUCAAAAGAUCGGAGGAUCAAACGGAAAUCCACAAAUCCAUCCGCCAUGUUGUGAAUGGCUUUGAUAAAUCUAACCAACCGGGGCCAUCUGGUGGAGUUACAGGUAAAACGCAGGAAAUAACAAUAUGUGAUCAAAAGGAAAUUGCUAAGGAUACUAAUGUCAACAGUAACGAAGCAUCAAAAUGGACUCAAUUGCACGAUGACGCUGAAAAAGGCGAAUUACAAGGGGUGAAGUAUCUGAUUAGAAGAAGUGGCUUCGACGUCAAUGUCGCUACUGAAGACAAAAGGACACCAUUGCAUAUUGCAUCUCAAAAUGGCCACUUAAAAGUAGUCCAGUAUUUAAUUAGUAAAGGUGCCAAUGUAAAUGCCGCUAACGCAAAGAGGGAGACUCCAUUGCACAAUGCAGCUGAAAAUGGUCACUUGCAUAUAGCGCAAUUUCUGAUUAGUCAAGGUGCUGAAACAAAUGCCUAUGACGAGAAAAUGUGGACUCCAUUGCACAAGGCAUCUCAAAAAGGUCACUUGUCAGUUGUGCAGUAUCUAAUUAGUAAAGGCGCCGAUGUCAAUGCUUUUACUAUAACAUCUGAUUUUCCAUUGCAUCUUGCAGUAGAGAAUGAUCACUUAGAUAUUGUUCAGAUCCUAAUUAGUAAUGGCGCCAAAAUCAUAGGUAAUAAUCAAUGUUGGACUCCACUGCACUUAGCGGCCGAUAAAGGCUACUUGAAUGUUGUCAACUAUUUGAUAGCAAAAGGCGCCAGAGUUGAUGCUCGAGCUAGAACAAUUGUGUCUGAUUAG